AUGCAUGACUUGGAAGGUGGGUUCAGAUAUGUUCUAUGUGGUGACGUGGGAGGGGUGGACACCAGGCGACGACAGAAGCAUAAUUCAAGCUUUCACUACCUAGACACAAAAUUAGAACCAGAAGGAACAGGUAAAAUUUUAUUACAGAACACAAAUCUUAACACUGACAGGAAGCAAGCAAUUGCUGACAAUGAGGAACGUCGUGAAUUAGAGAACACAAAUCUUAACACUGACAGGAAGCAAGCAAUUGCUGACAAUGAGGAACGUCGUGAAUUAGAGAACACAAAUCUUAACACUGACAGGAAGCAAGCAGUUGUAGACAUUGAGGAACGUCGUGAAUUAGAGAACACAAAUGUUAACACUGACAGGAAGCAAGCAGUUGUAGACAUUGAGGAACGUCGUGACGCUACUAGAGAAAAGUCCCAAGACGGGGCCCAGGUAUUACUGGUGACGUAUUUACGGUCAGGUUCCACAUUCUUAGGAGAGAUUGUCCAGCAGAUAGACAGACUUAUGUACAGGUUUGAGCCCCUCCAGCGUUACAUGGAGCCAGGUCAAUACAUUUCUCGUAACAAGGGUUUUUGCUUCCUCUCCAACGAUAGCUGCAGCCCUGCUCCCAAGAUGGAAUACAAUUCACUUAUGGACGUUUUCAGAAAAUUUUACAAGUGUGACUUACUUAAUCUAAACCGGAACUUUGUGAAAGGUGUUUCAAGUUCAUUUGCUAGGAAAUGUUAUGUUGAAACUGAUCCAGGAAAGUGUCUGUCAGACAUGAUAAAAUAUUGUCAAUCUUCAGUCAGGAUAACAAAAACAAUUCGAUUGUCAAUGGAUGUAGUACAGGAUUUGAUGAAGGAGUUUCCUAAACUCAAGGUCAUACACUUACUACGGGAUCCACGAGGUAUGAUUGCAUCCAGGUUAAAAACAAUCACGCAUCUUCAUUUCAAAGACGCCGGCAUGCCAACUAUCGCGAGAGCUGUGUGUGAUAAAUACAACCGCGACAUCCAAAUAGGACAAUUACUGAAGAAGAAAUAUCCAAGCAGAUUUAAAACAGUGUUAUACGAACAGAUAGCAGAAGAGACAUUAAAACAUUCUAUUCAAAUAUUUAAUUUUCUGGAGCUAACACCUAACAGCAAUUUCAAAACCUGGUUGGCAGAACACAUAUCAGGAGAUCAGAAAUCCACUCAUCCGCCAGAUAAACGCAACCGUGCCUUCAGUACCGUCCGCGCCAAUUCCUCAGCUACCGCUAGCUCCUGGAGGUCGCGAUUGAAAUUUAAUCAGGUCAAGGAAAUCGACAAUGAAUGUUCUCAAUUUUAUGACUAUUCCGGCUAUUUGGCAGUUAAAAAUUCAAACACUUUAAAUGAUUUGACAUUACCAGUGAGAAGGAAGAACAUUAAUUUUCUAUGA